CGGGUGGCGGGUGUGUGUGUGGGGGUGGGGUCGGGCAUGAAGGCGGGCGGAGACCAGGGGAGGGCGCAGGCCCCUCCCCCGUCACUUCCUGCCGUGCUGCGGGCGCCGGAGCGACUCUUCAGCGUUUGCGCCGGCUGCUGCGGCGUCUGGCUCGGCUCCCCCUUCCUCUGACCCCCGGCCCGGCGGCGCCCGCCUCCUGUUCAGCCACUCCGCCUCUUUCCUCCCUCAGUCCCUUCCUCCUUUCCCUGCUUCCUUCUUCCUUCCCCUCCUCCUCGCUGCCGCCACCGCCCAGCAACGCCGGCCGGGGGACGAGCUCCGGGCAGCAGCCAGAUAGAGACAGUGACAGAGAGGGAAACACAGAGCACUACUCUACCAUUUGUGAAGCUUCAUCUGGUGUGGUGUUCUGCGAUAAAGACUUGGGCCAGCAUCUUUGUGGCUCUACUAGGAAGGGAACUUCAUAACCACAUAACCUCAACUGAACAAAAGCAACAUUGUUCCUGGAGCACUUCUUUUUAAGGUAGAACUUUAGACUUCAUAGCACUGAAUUAACCUGCACUGAAAAGCUGUUUACCUGCAGUUGUUCACUUUUGUUGAAAGUGACCAUGUCUCAAGUUCAAGUGCAAGUUCAGAACCCAUCUGCCGCUCUUUCAGGGAGCCAAAUACUGAACAAGAACCAGUCUCUUCUCUCACAGCCUUUGAUGAGUAUUCCUUCUACUACUAGCUCUCUGCCCUCUGAAAAUGCAGGUAGACCUAUUCAAAACUCUGCUUUACCCUCUGCAUCUAUUACAUCCACCAGUGCAGCUGCAGUUCCUUCUAACAUGGCACACCCCAAAGAGAAAACCCCAAUGUGUCUUGUGAAUGAGUUAGCCCGUUUCAACAAGAUUCAGCCUGAGUAUAAGCUUUUGCGUGAGCAAGGUCCAGCUCACUGUAAGGUUUUUACAGUACAGGUAACACUUGGAGAUCAGACCUGGGAAGCUGAAGGAACUAGUAUUAAAAAAGCUCAACACACAGCUGCUGCCAAAGCUUUGGAAGGAACAAAAUUUCCUAAGCCCGUAGUCCGCCCUUUUCGUAGCGAAGGAAGAAAUCCAGAAAGCAUAACCCCUACUGUAGAGCUAAAUGCACUGUGCAUGAAACUUGGAAAAAAACCAAUGUAUAAGCCUGUUGACCCUUACUCCCGGAUGCAGUCCACCUAUAACUACAAUAUGAGAGGGGGUGCUUAUCCCCCAAGGUACUUUUACCCAUUUCCAGUACCACCGUUACUCUAUCAAGUUGAACUUUCUGUGGGAGGACAGCAAUUUAAUGGGAAAGGAAAGACGAGACAGGCUGCGAAACAUGAUGCUGCUGCAAAAGCUUUGAGGAUCCUGCAGAAUGAGCCCCCACCAGACAGGUUGGAGAUGAAUGGAAGAGAAUCCGAAGAAGAAAAUCUUAAUAAAUCUGAAAUAAGUCAAGUGUUCGAGAUUGCACUUAAACGAAACUUGCCUGUGAAUUUCGAGUCUUUCCCUCUAAAACAGGUCGCCCGGGAAAGUGGCCCACCCCACAUGAAAAGUUUUCUGACCAGGGUGUCAGUUGGGGAGUUUGUGGGGGAAGGUGAAGGAAAGAGCAAGAAGAUUUCAAAGAAGAAUGCUGCCAUUGCUGUGCUCGAAGAGCUGAAGAAGCUGCCACCCCUGCCUACAGCUGAGCGAGUGAAGCCCAGAAUCAAAAAGAAAACCAAAUCCAUAGUCAGGAACAGCCCAGAGUAUGGCCAGGGGAUGAAUCCGAUUAGCAGAUUGGCCCAGAUCCAGCAGGCGAAAAAGGAAAAAGAACCAGAGUACAUGCUUCUCACAGAGCGAGGCCUCCCACGCCGCAGGGAGUUUGUUAUGCAGGUGAAAGUUGGAAAUCAUACUGCAGAAGGAUCAGGCACAAAUAAGAAGGUGGCCAAGCGUAAUGCAGCUGAGAAUAUGCUGGAGAUCCUUGGUUUCAAAGUUCCACAAGCUCAGCCCACCAAACCAGCCCUCAAAUCAGAGGAGAAGACACCACUAAAGAAAUCAGGUGAUGGAAGAAAAGUAACCUUUUUUGAACCUGGCUCUGGGGAUGAAAAUGGAACUAGCAAUAAAGAGGAUGAGUUUAGGAUGCCUUAUCUUAGUCAUCAGCAGCUGCCGGCUGGAAUUCUUCCCAUGGUGCCUGAGGUCGCUCAGGCAGUAGGAGUCAGUCAAGGACAUCACACCAAAGAGUUUACCAGGGCAGCUCCAAAUCCUGCCAAGGCCACGGUAACUGCCAUGAUAGCCCGUGAAUUGUUGUAUGGGGGCACCUCGCCCACAGCUGAGACCAUUUUAAAGAGUAACAUCUCUUCAGGCCACGUACCCCAUGGACCUCUCACAAGACCCUCUGAGCAACUGGACUAUCUUUCCAGAGUCCAAGGAUUCCAGGUUGAAUACAAAGACUUCCCCAAAAACAACAAGAACGAAUUUGUAUCUCUUAUCAAUUGCUCCUCUCAGCCACCUCUGAUCAGCCAUGGUAUUGGAAAGGAUAUGGAGUCUUGCCAUGAUAUGGCUGCACUGAACAUUUUAAAGUUGCUGUCUGAGUUGGACCAACAAAGUACAGAGAUGCCAAGAACAGGAAAUGGACCAAUGUCUAUGUGUGGGAGGUGCUGAACCUUUUCUGCCAGUGAACCAUUAUAAAAUUCCAACCUAUAUACUGAAAAUACUGAACGGCGUUUGGAAUUCCUAAUACCUCCAGUGGGCUGAGAGAGAUGGUGUGUAAAGAACUGGACACAAUAAUGGUGACAAAGUGAGAACACGAGGUGGCUGUGCUCACUCAUCAUCUCCUGGGGAAAGGAGGCUGCUGCCUAGCAGCCCUAGUUCCAUUGGGAAACCAAUAGGUCCAUGUCCUAGGUACCUCGGUGGCUUUUCCCCUCACAUGAAAGAAGAAACAGUACAAGCUUCUCAAACACUUUGGGACAAACCCUGGACACUCAGCUGGAGAGACCUUAGUUCGGCCCCAGCUCUGCAAGCACCAGAGAAAAUCAAAUGCUUCCUACUCAGCGCAAGCUAACCUUUCUAGUGUGCUAUGGCCCACCACUUGUAGUACCCACAAUAUCACCACUGCUUUCUCUCCCAAGAGAUACAUAUUCUUAGUUUUAUUACUUUCUUUUGAUUGAAAUGACACUGUAAAUUUUCAUGGCUUUCAGUUGUAUCUUAGAUACAUAGCAGUUUAGAAAUUUGUCUCAAACUGACUAUCAGUAAUCUAAUGGGCAAAGAUCAUAUCCAUGUGUAUGUGGCUAUACAUUUUGUAUUUUAUUGGACUGAUCUAGGACUAUUUCAGCCAUGCGAAUUGUAUGCUUUUGGUUUAGCUCAAAUAGUCCUGGACCUCUCAGAAACGUUGAAGCCUCCUACAGUUGUAUAAAUUGAACAUGAACAAUUUUAAAUCAUCUUUUGGUUCCUUUUCAUUUUUGUUAAUGCAACAGGACUUAAGCAAAAGUACUUUUGAUCUUUGUGUUUCAAAGAUCAUAGUAAGAACUGUAUGCAUAUACAUAAGCUCUUGAGGAUAACACAUAGUUUUCACUACACUACACCAUAUGAUCUCCAUUUAAAACUUGUAGUACAUUUAAAACUUGAGAUUGAUUUUCCUUGAGUGAUAUAUAUACAUACAUACAUAUAUACAUACAUAUAUAUAUAUAUAUAUAUAUAUAUAUAUAUAUAUUGAAUACAUCUCCACUGUAGGGCUGAAAAGAAUGACCUAUUUUGUUUCAAACUGUGUUGCUGUUGAUGUUGAAUCUGUACACAGAAGUGUGCAGUCAGGUCCUGCAUAUAUGACUAGAUUAAAAAAGCACGCUACCCUUGUGAGUUAAGUACUGCUUCAAUUCAUUGUUUAUUAUAGAAUUUUUUCCUCCCUAUGGAAUGUAAGUAAAAUUUAGUGUUUGUCACCAAUAAAUGGUCAUACUAAAUUCUUUUGUUAAUUUAUUCUCACCACAACUGCUAGGUUGGCUACCCCCGCCCCUUUUUUUUUUUAACUUUUAAGAAAAAAACUUUGUAAUGCUUAUAAUUCCAUCUGGGCACAACUCUUGAAAAUUUUAAGUAACUUUAUAUGAAAUUGUUGAUCAAUAAACAGCUACUAAUGAAA